AUGGAUGAUGAUCUGACAGAAUAUCCUAUACGUCGAGUACGUUUACAACCAUGUCAAUUUUGUGGACGUCAAUUUAAUGUAGAGUCAUUGAAUAAACAUCAGGCUAUUUGUCGAAAAGUUGCAAAUAAAAAACGAAAAAUAUUUGAUGCAGGUAAACAACGAGCUACUGAUUCUGAUGUGCCAUACAAAGCAACAAGAAGAACGGCACAGGUUUAUAAUGGCGAUGCUCGAGUUCAGGAUGAUCGGUCAAACUAUGGAUCGAAACCAAAUUGGAGAGAAAAACAUAGACAAUUGAUUCAAUCUAUUCGAGAAGCUCGUUCCGUGACUCGUGCUAUGAAGCAAGGAGGACCGUUACCUGCUUUUCGGCCAAGUGAAGUUCCAUCAGACUAUGUUAAUUGCCCAUAUUGUCAUCGCAAUUUCAAUCAACAUGUUGCUCAACGACAUAUACCAUUUUGCCAAACACAACACGGACGAACACAAGUGCAACCUUCUAGACCAACUCAGCAAUAUGACAGGGGAAGAACACUUUCACCACAAAAGCCACCUCAAUAUCGACAACAACAGUCAUAUAGUACAAGUGCAUAUUCAGAUUCACAUGAUGUUUAUAGUAAUGGAUACAAACAUAGCAAUUCAGCUCCUAUGGCUGUUCGACGAAAUCCACAUGAUUAUCAAAAACAACCAUUACCACCGCCACCACCACCACCACCACGUAAAAUCCCUGCUGGUGGUAGUGGUAGUAGUUGGAGCUUGCGAAAAUUAUUUGGUUUCGAUUCUCAACCGGAACGACCGCCUCCAUCUAAUUAUUAUGCACCUGAAGUAAGUUAUUCUACUAAAUUAAAAAGAAAAGAAAAACAUCAUUUUUAUGAAUUUUUUUAUAAUAAGGAUGACGAUUAUUAUCAACCAUCGAAUCGUCAUUCUGUUCAACAACCGGUGCUUAUGCGUACGGGACGCACACAAGAUAAUACAAGUUUAAAUGUACGUGCUCGUCAACGAAAUGAUGAAGUUAGUUCAUAUAGACGUCGAGCAUCACCAACAAAACCUGCUCCUUCUUCAUAUGGUGAAACAAGAUAUCAGUAUCGCAAUAGUCAACAUAAUUCUAUGAGACCAACAGCUGUUGGACGACCACCACCACCAACAGCUAUUCAAUGUGGUGAAUGUGGUAAUAUAUUCAAUAAUUCUUCAGCAAGAUAUUGUGCUCAUUGUGGUUCGAGACGUUAA